UCUUCCAAAGGGACUGCCCCGUUCUGCACGGAUUUAGGUGUAUCUAGAUUGUUUUGAGAGAUGAGCUGAAUGCUCUGCUAGUUUAGCUCCCAAUGUCUAAGUUGUUCCUGGAACAUAUAUUCACAAAAAUGCCGAAGUUAGAGGACGGGCACAGACAGGAUAUAAGGUCCAGUUGUUGAAUGCGUUAACUGGUACCUUUCACCAUUCAGGCAACUGUUAAAACAGGAUGCCAGAGAUGACUGAAACCCAGACACCUGGUCGAAAACCCAAAAAGAAGAAAAACAAAGAAUCCCAUAAUGCAGUCGAAAGACACAGAAAAGAGAAAAUUAAUGCGGGGAUUAAUCGCAUUGGGAAUCUUCUGCCGUGUUCUCAGGCACUUAAACAGAGUAAGAAUAUGAUAUUGGACCAAGCUUUUAGCUACAUCACUGAGCUGAAGAAACAAAAUGAUACAUUGCUCCUGGAAGGUGGAGAUAAAGUCCAAGCUGAGGAGAUCCGACGGCUGCAGCAUCAGUUGGAUGAAUUAAGGAAGGAGUGCGCUCACUACAUCGAGCUCCUCAAAGCUCAUGAUAUCAACCUUUUGGUGGAUCCAACUAUUCACUGGAAGGGAAAGCACCACUGUGCCAAAGUGGCAAAAGUGACCCCUACCCAUCAGCCCCCAAAGAGCAUUGUUGUUUAUUCCAACGGUAGUGUGAUUGGCCCUGUAGGGAAACAGGCAAGCCCAGGAAAGAAGCCCUCUGAAACAAUUCAGCCACCACCCGAUACCAGAUUACAAGUUAAUGGAGCUCUGCUGCAAGUUAAUACUUCUACCACCACCCCUGCACUUCUCCCAGGCUCAUCCGCCACACCCGCUCAGUCUACAUCAGGUCUGAGGAUGUUAGAGCAGUGUGUGGUUGAAACCCCUUCUUUGCCACCUUCUGUGUCGUACAUCACCCUCCAGAUUCCUGCAGGCACCACAUCCCUGCUGCCGCAAGCACAACCCGAUCCCCCACCUCAGACCAUUCCCUUAGUAGCUACUUCAGUCUCACAGCAAUCUGAAAGCAAUCCUCAAUCUGUGUCCACACGCACGACAUCCACCCAAACUACAACCUCAACAUCAUUGGGGGGUUGCUCUUUGGUGACACAUGACACUGCCAUCAGGACUGUAAGUUACACUGCAGUUCCUGCCAAUCAAACUGCUCUUAGGGCUGGAGCUGCAGGCAGCACACAGACCACAUGGACAACAUUGCAGAUGGCAGGAAACACAGUGCAACCAGUUUGCCACAGUCUCUCCACUCCAGAGGUCAGCAGUACCACACAGGCGAUCCAGCAGGUUGCAGUAUGUCCUGUGGGCACCAGAUCCUCUGUUAAUCCUGUUCAAAUACAGCUGCAACCACACGGGCCUGUACAGCAGGCACCUAUCAAAACUCAUAUCCCAGCUAAUCCGUUUAAAACUACCCCUCAGUUACAACCUGCAAUUCUAAACCGCACACAGCCAGUUUUAAACCCCCAGCCUCAGUGUGCGGGUUUACCCCAGUCUGCCAUAGUGCCGCAACCAGCUGUGAUGGCUCAUCCAGCUAUCGUGUCACAGCCCCAGCCUGCAGUUUUGCAGGCAGCUUCAUUGGUUCCUCAUCCUCCUACUGCCCUUAUUCCACAGCCUCAGCAAACGCUGGUACCCCAGCACCAGGCUGCUGUACUGCCCCUCCUGCAGACCAUGCAAGUGGUGCAGGUGAACUCAGCUGCUGCUGCAUCAGGUGUAACAGCACCUCAGAGCACAAACAAUCCAAGUGUUGUCAUCCUGCAGCAGGCCAGUGCCUGUCCCACUCAGCAGGUUGUGAGAGAGGAUAUUUCUAAUGCAACACCUUGUCAGCAUAUAGUGAUCAUCCAAGCACCCAGUCAGGCUGCACCUGCUCCUCAGAGCUCUCAGCUGAGCAUUGGUCCUCCUUCUCUCCCUGCCGUCUCCACUCAAACACCAACCACGACUAGUUCAGUAGCUGUCCCUCCUUUACAAAGUGUUGGGGGGAAACAGCUUGUGCACAUCCUGCCUCGCCCCACCCAGCCAGAGGUAACCCAUCCACUGCAGGUCAGCCAAGGAUGCUCUUCUUCACCAGUCUCCACAACCCCACAAACGAUCACUGUGAAUGGCCAGGUGUUUGCUCUUAAGCCAGUAAAAACCUCUGAUAAAGUUGGCUCCCAGAUUGGCCAGAGCACCCUCCAACUAGUCCAGCCAACCACCUCUGAGGAGCCCAUUACUAAUGUGGCCCUCAACAGUUUAGGGGCCCUUAGCAGUCUGAACCAGAGCAUAUCUCAAGGCCUCCCACUGUCUACCCAGAGCAGUUGUCAGCUUCCCCCUUCAUCAUCAGUUGGUGUUAUGCCGCCUGUAUCUGGAGCUGCACCUGCACUACCUGCUCAGCAGCUACAAGCUCCAACAGGGAUGGCUGCCACUGUCUCUAAGCCUUCAGGAAAAAAGCCCCACUCAGUUGUGAACACCAAGAGAGCAUCAUCUAAAAGGACUAAAACUGCCAAAAAGAAAGAGCUCAGGACUGCGCAACUUGUUUUUCCUGCCAAAUCCACUGCUAACACUGCUCCUGAUGGAGGAGGAGAGAGCCAGACAGUUCAAGAUACACCAUCUCUAGUUUUACAGUCCUCGACAACCAUUCACCCAACAUGCACCACAAUUUCAGAGACCCGAGAUGCCAUAAGCUGUGUAACGUCAGGUCAGAACACACAGCAAAUGGUUGUAUGCAGUUCAUCCAGCAACACUGUUGAAUUUAGUCCGAUGCAGGAUAAAAGCUCUGUCUGUGCAUCUCAGAGUGACUCAGCUGCACCAAAAGUUGUCAGUGAAACAGCCAUGAAGCCAUCAAGUGGCUCAGCUUUCACAAUCGAGACUAAAACAACUUCAGUUUCUGGCAGUAGCUCGACUGUAACCAAACCGUUGGUCUCAGAGGUUAAACAGUUAACUGUUAGCACCACAACUAUCAUAAUGCAAAGCGCACCAGCUGCCACUGCUUCUGUUUCCAAACAAAAUAAAUCCACAGUCACCUCUGCAGUUACUGCAGACACUCUGGUAACUUCUGCUGCUGACUCUAGUCUGAGUUUGCCUCCAGUCUGCACUCAGACUACUGCAUCAGUGUCUCUAAAUCCGAAUACCAACACAGUGCAGCCUGCUGUUCCCCAAAAACCACAGUUCCAAGAUCAAGUAUCUUCUGCUAAACCAGAGUCUCGGCCCAUAACUUCAUCCUCUGCAUCUACCCCUCUUGUCCUAUCAUCAUCUACACCCACUGAUUCGGCUCCAGACAGCUCUGUUCUAGUCUCCACAUCAACUUUGGAAAUUAAGAAAAAGGCCAAUACUUCCAGAGCUCCCUCACAGCAGACUGAAGUGAGCUUCCCCCGACCCUCCUUAUGCCAUUCUACAGAAGUCAAACUAACUCAGACAACAAGAAAUGACAGGGAUGCUCUGGAGGAGAGGCCUUCAACAGCAUCAAGAAAAGAAGGUGUGGUGGCGGUGACAUCUGAAGCUCCCCUAAAAAAGGACUUCACUGUGUCUCAGCAGGUUUACACCAACCUAGAUGACCAAGCAAUGGAGCAGAAUAUGACAUCCAGCAGGCAGACUGAUUCUCCAUUGACUACAGGAGGAGCUGGAGGCAGAGGAUUCUCCGUAGCAUCAAUGCUUCCUCAAGGCCACAGCAUUAGUGCAUCGUCAGGCUCCUUUGGAUCGUUUGCGUUUACAUCUGAACAGGCAGAGAUGCUCGCGUUGGCAAUGCUAGAACAAGAAGGUCCCGAGAGAAGAAGUGGAGGAUGCUCGGGGGACAACACUGCUACAGCUACGUGGGACUCCUCUAAAACCCCGCCAGUGUCUGCCAGCAGAGACCGAGGCUCCACUGGGCAGCAAGGCAAAAUAACCAAACUGAUGGACCAAGGUGCAGCUAAACAUGUUGAGGUGUCUGUCAGUGGGCCAAACAGACAUGCGCAAAAUAUUGCUUACUCGAAAGCUCAACCUCUCCCAACAGGACAGUCUCAGAGUUCAACCCAAGGUGGGACAGCUGCUAGCCUCAGUGUUAACAACCUGAUCAGGCCCAGCUCCAGUCACCAACCAUAUCCCAGCUCCCCCAGUGUGACAGCCCAGCAGGGGUCGGUUCCUUCUCCAGCAGGGACGUCUACUCAUAUGUCCCAACCCUCAAACAAUGCCAUCUCACCCUGUUCAGGCACUCUCCAAGUAGUAGAGUACACCGGCAUAAAAACUACAAUAAGAGGUCCUCCUGGAAAUGUUGUAGGUGAGCGACAUGCGAAAAUAACCUCCAAAAGGCAAGCCCAGGAAGAAGUGAUGUUAACAGGAAAACGACCCAAACCUUGCCCUCCACCGGGUAACGCAGUGAGUCAUAUGGAUGUGAAGGCAACAGACCAUAGUCAGAUGAUGGUGGGACAGCUGCCAUCCACCUCUGCAGCUGUAAUGAAUAGGAUUAAUUCAGAUGGUGGAGGCCCGCUCUUUUCAACAAACUCCUACAUGAUCCCAGUUGUGCGCCCUGCAGAUGGUCACUGCCCUGCUCAAGGGCCUCCUGAGCAGAACCAGGCAGGCGGGCUUCAUCUGCCCCAGGGUCACCCACAGCAUUCUGUUAGCCAGCCCAGUCAGCAUCUGGGAGCGAACCUUUACAUGAAACAGCAGCAACAAGAGCAACAGAGACACCAUCUGUAUCAUCUGCAGCACCACCUGACCCAGUCUGACCCUGCACAGCGCCACUCACUACACCAGAGGGCGCUGCAGCAGCAGCAGGAGCAACAGCAGCAGCAUGUCCAGAAGAAGCGGGGAAUCGUCAGAGGGAAUCAAACUGGCUCACCUGCUGGCCUGCAGCAGAAGCCGCAUCACCUGGAAAAGUCUGGAAUUCAUCAGCAUUCACAUCAACAACAACAACAGCAGCAGCAGCAGCAGCAUCCUCAGCAGUCACACCAACAGCAUCAACAGCCAACACAGCACCAAGCUUCUCAUCCACAACAACACCAACAGCAGACGCACCAGCAGCCUCAGCAUCAACAGCAGCAGUUACAGCAGCAGCAGCAGCAGAACUCCCAUCCCAGACAUCCUCAGCAUUUACAGCAACAGAUCCAACAGCAACAGCAGCACUUUCGGCAUCAGGAGAAGACAUGUGAGGCCCAGUCAGUGGGAUCCAGGGCCCACCACAACAGCCACUUGUCCCAGCAGGACCACCUCAAGCCUGGUCAGGACCAUAAUGCUAUGCAGAGGAUGAUGAGCUCCAGAAGCUUGGAGCAGCAGCUCAUUGCUCCUCCCACCAACACAGUGUCUCGUUCAUCCGAGCUGGCCUGUGCUCCGUCUCGCCAGGAGCGACACCGCGUGUCGAACUACUCCGCAGAGGCGCUUAUCGGGAAAAGCUCCACCAGCGGUGAACAGCAGCAACGCAUGGCUCUCCAUCUUCAACCUGGCCAUGGUGCCACCCAGGAGCAACCAGACCUCCGCAGCUACCUGGAUUCAUCACGAGGCAAGGCCGGCAACAUUCACAACCCACAGAACCGCCUUUCGUCAGACCAUUCUACAUCCGGUGAUCAGCGCAUCUCUGAGUGUCAGUCCUUCAAGGCAAUGGGUGGUGGAGGUGGAACGCAUCAGCUCAGCGGUUUUGAGGCUCAGGUCUCUCGUGGGAGUGACAUGACCCCCAAGUCGGUGCCUCCCUCUCAGCGGGGUCCUCAGGGGCAGCAGCAGGGAGGAUUUAGGAUGAAUGUUGGUCCCACAGCAGACGCAAGAAAUCGUGGCAGCUACAGUGGACCUCAUCCUGGCCCUCAGGGAGUACAAGUUGGCCCUGCGCUGCCCCGGGAACAGGAAGGCUGCCACCAGAGUUUCAUGCAGAGCCUCCAUUCUCCUCACCUUCCUGAGCAGAGCAACCACCAGCGAGCGGUUCAGUGCUGCCCCCCUGUCAGCAUGGAGUACAGCUGCGUGCCUGGAAGUUCCUCAGGAGAUAUUCAGGCCAAGGCCUCCAGUCCGAGCGUGCCUCAGUCUCAGAAGGCCCCAGUUAUGCGACCCGCAGAGGGCAACAAGGGCCACAUUUCUCAGGUCAGCAGUAAUAUGCAUGCAGGCCCCGGUGUUCGAGCAGGUCUCCCCCACCCUCCAACCCCGCACAGCAGCUCUGAGCCAGGCCGCUCCUCUGCCAUCUCCAGACCUCCUACUGCUGUUAGCCAGCAUUCCCGGCAUCUUCCUAGAGAUGCUCAUCCUGCCAAACUGAGACCCAGCGACAGGCCUCGAUCAGCAGCUCUGAGAUCCACCAACCCUUUUGAGCAUGAGGGCCACUUACCUCUGUCCUCAGGGGGAGGGGUGCUGCUGGGCCGGGCUCAGUCUGGUGGAGAGAACCGCCGCAGCACCAUUGUGCGCUUCAUGGCAGACAGUGGACAGGUACCCAGUGACAACAAUCUUGUUGCUGACCAACACCUAGCGCAGAACUUUGGGUUCCCCUUUAUUUCAGAGGGAGGGAUGAAUCCUCCUCCCCCCAUCAAUGCAAACUCUACAUUUAUCCCUCCAGUGAGCCAACCGAGCACCUCCCGCACACCCUCCCUCCUCCCCGUGGAGGCCCAGAACACUUUACCGUCCUUUUACCCCUCUUACUCCCCUGCUGCUCACCCAAGCCUCCCCAGUGAUGUCACAAUCCAGUACUUUCCCAAUCAAAUGUUUACAAGCCCAAGUGCUGAAAAGGCCAGCGCCCCUCCCCUCAACAACAGAUUCGGCUCCAUCCUUUCCCCGCCGCGCCCAGUGGCAUUUGGUCAGGCCAGCUUCCCUCUGCUUCCAGAUAUGCCUCCCAUGCCAUCAUCUGGAAUCACCCCUCACAUCUCUAACUUCAGCCUCACCUCCCUGUUCCCCGAAAUCGCUACUGGCAUGCCUACAGACGGCUCAGCCAUGCCGAUGUCCCCACUGCUGUCCCUCACCAACUCGUCAUCCGCUGACUCUGGCAAGCAACCCAACCGUCCCGCCCACAACAUCAGCCACAUCCUGGGCCACGAUGGCAGCUCGGCUGUGUGACAAGUUGCAGUUUGAAUGUCUGUUUGGACUGUUGUUCAGGAGUAAAAGAUGACAUUUUGACUUGCAACUUGUAAUCUCUUUCAAUGUUAAAGAAAGCAGUGAUGAAGUACUUGAUGUGAGGGGAUUUUGUUGUUUACAUGUUCUCUCAAUUUCAGUUUAAAAGUCUUAUUUUUCACAUAUUUAAUGUCAGGGUAAUCUUUUAAAAUUUUUGUAAGGCUUUUGGAAUUUAUGGAAACGUAAGCCCUGAAUGCUCCUUUUUGAAAUGCUAGUUAAACUGACUGGUGCUGAAGAAAAAGUUGAGAACAUGAUUUUUUUUGUUUUGUUUUUUGGUCAAAAGGAAACCUUCUGCACAGUUACUAAUUUAAUUUACUAACUUAUCAGGUUGUAAUGUACAGAUUUUUUUCCAAGAGCUAUUUUGUAAAUACCAGUAUUUCAUAUCAAAGUUGCUAGAUUAUGUAUUUGUAAAUACAAAAUUGAUAAAUAAAAUUUAUAAGGAUAA